AUGGACCCCACUGGCUCACUUAUCCACGUGGACUUCCCAGAUGUGGCCAGUUCCCUCCUGGAGAGCUUGAACCAGCAGCGUGUGGAAGGCAAACUGUGUGAUGUGUCCAUCCAUGCACAGGGUCGUGUGUUCCGUGCCCAUCGUGCUGUCUUGGCAGCUUCAUCUCCUUACUUCCAUGAUCAGGUGCUGCUCAAAGGGAUGAGUUGUGUGUCGUUGCCCGGAGUUGUAGAUCCUGGUGCAUUUGAGGCGGUUCUGUGUGCUGCCUACACAGGCCGUCUGACUAUGUUAGCCGAUGAGAUUGUUAACUACUUGACAGUGGGCAGCGUGCUACAGAUGUGGCAUGUAGUUGAUAAGUGUUCUGAGCUUCUAAAGGAGUCUCGAGGUGGUGCCAGCUGUGGCAGUGUUGAAGGAACGAGUACCGGCAGUGUUCCAACCCCUCAGCGUUCUCACUCUGGCAGAGCAAGUGAGAACCAGUCUCCGAGCAGCAGUAACUAUUUCAGUCCACGUGAGGCCCCACCAGAACCUUGUGGAGAAAGAAUUAUGAGAAAGAAUGAAGCAGCCAGUGAGGCUGCAGAAGAGGCGAGUGUUGAGGCAGAGCAAGGUGGAGGAGAAGUCUCCGUGGCAAGCUGCUCUAGUUAUAGGCGACCCAGUAUCGUACCACAGAGGCAUUGGGUGUAUGUGAAAAAAGAAAGGCCUCACCAGGGCCUGUUGUUAACAUGUGAGGGAGAGGAAGAGGAAGAAGAUGAAAUGGAGGAGGAUGAAGAGGAAGAAGAGCACCUGAGCAUUAGUGAUGUACGAACACUAAACGCCCCUGAAGAGCAAGUGAACUUCUGUGAACCAUCAGAUGGCAUGCCAUAUGAGGAUGGUGUAGGUGGACCAGGUUAUCCACAAGGUCCCCCACUUCUACCUCUUGACAUGCAAGGGAACCAGCUACUAGUUUUGCCAUCAGGACAUGGGGCAGCAGGACAAGGUGGAACAGGAACGGGACAAGGAGGGGAGGGUGGAAAAAUAUUCUUGUGCCACUGUGGGAAGGCAUUUUCUCACAAGAGCAUGCGGGAUCGCCACGUCAAUAUGCACCUCAACUUACGUCCCUUUGAUUGUCCCGUAUGUGGAAAGAAGUUUAAAAUGAAGCAUCAUUUGACAGAACACAUGAAGACGCACACCGGGGUAAAACCAUACGAGUGUGAAGUAUGUGCCAAGAAAUUCAUGUGGAGGGACAGCUUUAUGAGGCAUCGUGGCCAUUGCGAAAGGAGGCAUAGGGCAGGAGCUGGGGCUAGUGUGGUUCAAGGAAUCAAAGAGACUCCUGCUGUGUAA